UCUACGCGAAAGAGAUCUUGUAGUGAGCAGUUUUCCCAAACCUCUUCUUUUGCAUCUGUUGGAGCGCAUGAUUUAGGGCUCACAUCCACCCGUGAACUGAGCGCAGUCACUAGCAAGGCAAAGGCUUUCUGAGGCAUUAGGGGUCAAUUCACGUUCGCUAAAGUUCUCGACAGUUGUGACUGUCCGUCUCGCUUUAUCACGCACGUGUAAAUGGAGCAAAGCGACUCAAAACAAGGAGCGGAUAACUCACCCUCGCCGGGCGCCCACCGCACGUGCGAGGUAAACAUGCCUGUCCAGCAAGAUCAGUCCAGAGCGUGCGACAUUUGUCUUCUCUCGUUCGACGAGUACCACGUGGUAAACGAGGAGCGACAACCAAGACUCAGAAGAAAGGAGCAUCCAGUCACCACACCCUGUGGCCACACGUUCGGCGCCAUGUGCCUCGGGCACUGGCUCAAGAGUCAGCAAUCAUGUCCCAUGUGCAGAGCUCCCCUGACGAGUGCCCAGAUCCUACAUGACCACACAGAUCCAAAACUGUCCGUCGUCUUUUGCGAAUACGAAGGGAUGAUACCCCCGAGCACGCUGAAGCUGAGGGGGCUUUAUGGCAGGGGCUGUAAGAAGGGCAGUGUAUUCAACCUUGAAGGCACGCAGUUUGUGAUUCCAGCGAACGGAAGCCAAAGGCGCGUGUUAUACAACGACGACAAAAGCAUCGUGCUAAUCUCAAUCGUGACCGACGAACUCUCACACGCAUUUGAACUAGAAGGCAUGACGCAAAGAAUUUCACUGUUCCCCAACGCUGUCACCAUCGAUCUGUUGACCAACAGCGAGCUGUGGGCCUUGACGAACGAAGCGCUGGCCUCAAGACAGAUCAGGAUCAAUGGACGGGCAUUUGAGGUGCCACCUGACACCCGUGCCGUAGCGUUGACCUUGGAUGGGGAGGUGGUGAGAUGUGUAAAAUUUUUCGAGGACUGGGUCAGGAAGCCGGCUCAGACUGGCCAGGCCAUGUAG